AUGGGGAGCAUUGACCCACGCACAGCCCAAGGAGGCCUUCACAUUCUUAUUGCCGGUGCUGGUAUUGGAGGCCUGGCCACUGCCAUCGCUCUAAGGCAACAAGGCCACCGUGUUGAGUUGUUCGAACGCUCCCGCUUUGCAAACGAAAUCGGGGCAGCGAUUCAUAUUACGCCCAAUGCAAACUCUGCGUUGCUUAGAUUGGGGAUCGACGGCACCAAAUUUGGGGCUGUAGAAACUGAGCAGUUACGCAUGUACACUCCUGGUGGAGAGCCUCUGGGUAUAAUCGACAACAAAGCGCAUGCAGACAAGUGGAGACACAAAUGGACACUUGUUCACCGAGCCCAUCUGCACGAAGCUCUGAAAGUUGCCUCUCAGGCUCCUGGGCCCGGUAUACCAGCUCAGCUGCACACUUCGAGCAAGAUUGUAGAUAUUGACCCAAAAAAUGCCACGGUGACUCUUGAAAACGGAGGAACUUUCAAGGGUGACGUCGUUAUAGGAGCAGACGGUGUCCACUCCCUUGCAAGAUCGAAAUUGCCUUUCGCGAAGGACAUUAAACCUUUCAGCUCUGGCAAGAACGCAUUCCGCUUCCUUAUAAAGCGCCAAGAUGCCCUGGAAGAUCCCGAGACCCGUUCACUUGCUGAGGUGUACAGUUCAGUGGACAUGUGGGAUUCUGAUGAAAAGCGUGUGGUCAUAUACCCUUGUGCCAACAAUGAGUUGCUGAACUUUGUCUGCAUCCACCCCGACACAAUGAGCACCAUCAACACAUCCUCUGAUUGGAACCAAGAAGCUAGCAAGGAGGCGCUUCUUGAAGUUUUCAAGGAUUUCAAUCCCCAGGUUAUCAAGAUGCUAGCCAAGGCUGAUCCUUACACCUUGAGGGUGUGGCCUUUGUUGGACAUGGAAACUCUUCCCACCUGGGUCGAUGACCGACUUGCAGUCAUCGGAGAUGCGGUACAUCCAUUCUUGCCAUAUCGUGCAUCCGGAGGAGCGAUGGCCAUUGAGGAUGGUGUUUCCCUGGCUGUCAUGCUGUCCCGCGAUGUGACCCGCGAGGAGAUACCAGAACGGUUGAAGCUGUAUGAGAAGGCUCGUCACACACGAGCCAGCACUGUGCAGCAGAUGACACGAGAGUCUUCCAAGCCGCAGUCAAUGGAGACAAUGGAAGCAAUGACCGACUAUAUCUACGGCCAUGACGAAUUCGACCACUCCACGCAGGUGCUGCGUAAGCACCUCUGGAGCAAACUCCCGGCCAAAUACUGGCGACAGCCCAUUGUCUUCGGCCCCAUGCCCGGCCCCAGACAAGACUGGUGGGGCAGGAACCGCGUCCAGAAGUCGCUCAAGUCAACAUUCCAGACGGCGUCAAUCCGAUUCAAAACCAGUCGGACGCUGCUGCAAAACCUACUUCCCAAUGAGAGGUAUUCCUUCACCGACCCAAGCACUGUGGCCUAUGCCAGCUUCUCGCAAACGAGACUUCACGGGAUGGACUGGCUCGGCGGCGGCGGCUACCGUCACCUAGGCCUUUACAUCGAGGGCGUGCAGUAUGAGAAGACGGACGGCGAAGUGGUCAAAGGACUGUACCUGCCCAUUCUCUUCGAAAGUCUGACUGAUCCGAUCGUGAGUGGUCGCGAAGAGCUCGGCAUGCCCAAGCUGUACACUGCCAUUGAGGCACACGAGCGGACCAAUUCCUACCAUCUCACGACUAGCUGGGAAGGCGCUGUGUGGGGUCACUUCCACUUAGAAGACCUGGAGGACCAAGACUUCAGCAUGAACCCUCCUCAGAACAUUGGUAAGGGUGACUUGAUCUACCGCUACAUGCCGCAAGUUGGACGUGCAAACAAGGGACAGCCUGAGGCUGAAUACCCCGUGCUUGUGCCACAAGAGGAGGAGCAAAAGAACAUUCCGUCGAGAAUCACUCGGCUCCGGACGACCAAGAACGCCCGUUUUGAGAUUGAUGCACUCAGCUGGGAAGCAUUGCCAACGCUGCAUCAUGUCAUUUCACGGCUGGCUGAAAUUCCUGUGGAUGAGAUUGUUUCGGCCAAGGUGGUUGAAGGUGAGGGGGUAGCAGAUGUGUCAUGCGCGAGACGUAUCGAGUAAGGACUGAGUCGCGUUAAAAGGAAGGUACGGCUGGUCGGAG